GUCCUUUUGAAAUACCAAGGUCGCCACUGAGCGUCCCCAUCGUGCGCUGUACCUAAUGGACUGUUGAGCUUCGCUUUCUUCUGACAUUUUUUUUGUGCUACAUGCGGCGUAUUAUGAUAAAUAUUUAAAGACAAAUUUUGGAGCAUCUAAAGAAGCUGUAGAUUCCUCCCACGAUAAACUCUCCGAAGACCGGGCCGACUGCCGACUCUUUGCUUCUUACCAUCAUGGACGCUGGGCACAAGACACACAGAGAUUCAUCCCCGCAACCAUCUUCCAUUGCUUCAGUAGACCGCCCACCUGACAGCCAUGAGGGCAUCCCCCCUUCAAAAAUAUACCAUCCAUAUUCAAUCCAUAUCGUGGCGCUUCUCAUCCCAGCUUCGAUGUUUGGCCUCCUUGCGAGACUCGGAUUAGACGCCCUGGCGACAUAUGAUGGGCAGAGCAUCUAUCAAUUAGCAUAUGCACAGGCCGUGGGCUGCCUUGUAAUGGGCUUUGCCGUCCAUCUGAAGGCACCUUUUGGUCAAUUUUAUGGACCACUGUAUACUGCUGUUACCACUGGCUUCUGUGGCUCCCUGACGACCUUUUCCAGCUGGCAAGUCGACAUCUUCAAGUCAUGGCUCAACUCGCCAGACUACCAAAGAGGCCGCCUUCGAGAUUUUAUCGAUGGCCUCUGCAAGACUGUGUUUACGCUUUCCAUCUCCUUCGCCUCCCUUUCCUUCGGGUCCUCUAUCGCUCGCCUAUUAGCACCACAUCUCCCUAAGAUCCAUCCACCAAACAUGUUCAUCCGCUACACCAUUACCGUCAUAGGCUUCCUCACCUAUGCUGCCGCCUUCCCAUUGUAUUUCCGGCUUGAUCCCGAAUUCAGACAUCAAGCAACCUCAGCCCUGCUCUUCGCCUACCCCGGCGCUCUCUCCCGCUACGUUCUAUCCACGCAGCUAAACCCCUUACUGUCAUCCUUUCCCGUGGGCACCUUCACCGCAAAUUCGCUUGCAACAGCGUUCCUGGCCAUCUUUCAUGUUUUGCAAAGAAAGACACCGAACGUUUCGUGGUCUGCGUGCUCGACCCUGCAGGGCCUGUCUGAUGGGUAUUGUGGAUGUUUGUCAACCGUGAGUACCUUUGCGGUCGAGGUAAAGAUGUUGCGCCGGUGGGCCAACGUGCGCUAUGUCUUGGCUAGCUGGGUGACUGCUCAGCUGCUGUUGCUUGUUAUCAUCGGUCCUGCUUUGCUUUCAAAGAAUGUAUCGGAACAGACGAUGUGUUCCUUUGAUCCUUGA